AUCCCGCUGGUUGCUGCCGCCGCCGUCUCCAGAUUCCGAAGGCGAAGCUCGCGAAGCAGAGGAACAUGGACGUGAACCUCGCCCCGCUCCGUGCCUGGGAUGAUUUCUUCCCGGGCUCUGAUCGUUUCGCCCGGCCGGACUUCAGGGACAUUUCCAAAUGGAACAACCGUGUAGUAAGCAAUCUGCUCUAUUACCAGACCAACUACCUGGUGGUGGCUGCCAUGAUGAUUUCGGUCGUUGGGUUUCUGAGCCCCUUCAACAUGAUCCUUGGAGGAAUCAUUGUGGUGCUGGUGUUCACGGGGUUCGUGUGGGCAGCGCAGAAUAAAGACAUCCUCCGCCGGAUGAAGAAGCAGUACCCGACAGCCUUUGUGAUGGUGGUCAUGCUAGCCAGCUACUUCCUCAUAUCCAUGUUCGGGGGUGUCAUGGUCUUUGUUUUCGGCAUCACUUUCCCCUUGUUGUUGAUGUUCAUCCAUGCAUCCCUGAGACUUCGAAACCUAAAGAACAAGCUGGAAAAUAAAAUGGAGGGAAUAGGCUUGAAGAAAACUCCGAUGGGCAUUAUCCUGGAUGCGUUGGAACAGCAGGAAGAGAGCAUCAACAAAUUUGCUGACUACAUCAGCAAAGCGAGGGAGUAAGUGGAGUAAGCGCAGCUUGCCCCGUGACAGGGCCAGGGUCGCAGCGGGCAUCCGGUUGCACUUUCCCCUUGUUCAGUCAGACCCAUUUUCUGUCCGUGGUUUUGAAACAGAAGGUGCACGUCUUACCACCCAACAACUAUCCAAGGCAUCAUGCAUGCACAGGCCCACUGCUAAGAUAUGACCCACAGAAGGUCUCAGAAACUGCAAAAAUACAGACCCAGUCUCCCGUUGUGUCUGAAGUGUCCCGGUGUGUUUUUGAAAGAGAAUGUGGAUUGGACAGCCACACGUACCAUUGUAUUGUAGGGGAGAAGUCACUGUAGAGUCUGGAGGCAACGUGGAGGAUAUGAAAGGCAGUUGAAGUAUAGGAUGUUGGGUGUCAGCCUGAUUCUAAUGCUGUGCCCUCCAGAAUCCCCCGAGACUAUGAUGUGUCCGGUAUGUUAGUUUAGCGGUAUUAUCUUUGUUGUUUUAAAACCAGAGGUGAUCUCUGUCACUUUGGCACCUGUUUGAUGUGCAGUGGAAACUGGAUCAGCCAGUUGUUUAUAUCUUGUUUACGAAUAUGAAGGUAGCCGUUUAGGACAAUGUUUUGUUAAAUUUUGUAAAAUUUUUAAAAAGGGUAGUAAUAUGCUUUCACCAACAGGUGUUUCUUGCAAACUAAAUGUCAACUUCCUGGGGUAGGGUGGGGAGGCAGGGGUGGGGAUGAUUACAACUCUGUAGCUUCUGUUAUUCUUGUUAAAAAUAAAUAAAAAUAGAACCAACUUGA